CGCAACACAUGCCGGUAAGUUCUAUUACGUUACUAUAAUCUUGAAUUGGUUAGCGGGUGUUAAAAGUUGUUCUGAUCCCGGUCAGGAAGGUUCAAGUCAUCAUUCCCAGCUCGUUGUAAAAUUUUCCAUUAGAAAUGUCAACUUUCGGACAGGUAAUCAAAUGCAAAGCAGCAGUUGCUUGGGAACCCAAGAAACCCCUUUCAAUCGAAGAGGUUGAAGUUGCACCCCCAGCUGCGGGUGAGGUCCGUAUCCGUAUCACCGCAACCGGUGUAUGUCACACAGAUGCCUACACAUUGGGAGGUUUCGAUUCGGAAGGAGUCUUUCCUGUUAUCCUAGGACACGAGGGCGCUGGAAUUGUGGAAAGUGUUGGGGAUGGUGUCACCGGCUUCAAGCCUGGCGAUCAUGUCGUCCCGUUGUAUGUUCCCCAAUGCAGAGAGUGUAAAUUCUGCAAGAACCCAAAGACGAAUCUUUGCCAAAAGGUUCGAACCACUCAGGGCCGAGGAGUCAUGCCCGAUGGAACAACACGUUUCAAGUGCAAAGGAAAGCAAGUUUUCCACUUCAUGGGGACAUCCACGUUUUCAGAAUAUACAGUGGUUUGUGCUAUUUCACUGGCUAAGGUGAACGAAAAGGCGCCUUUGGAUAAAAUUUGCCUCCUUGGAUGUGGAAUCCCCACUGGUUACGGAGCAGCUCUAAAUACAGCCAAGGUUGAACCAGGAAGCGUAUGUGCUGUUUGGGGUCUAGGUGCCGUUGGCUUAGCCGUGGCCAUGGGCUGCCGUGCAGCAGGUGCAUCGAAAGUUUACGGUAUCGACCUUAAUCCAGAUAAGUUUGAAGUGGCGAAGAAAUUCGGAUGCACUGAUUUCGUUAAUCCGAAAGAUCACGAGGGACGUCCAAUUCAAGAUGUUCUUGUUGAAUUAACCGACGGUGGCUUUGAUUAUACAUUUGAAUGCAUUGGCAACGUGAACACAAUGCGUGCCGCCUUGGAAUCAUGCCAUAAAGGUUGGGGAACAUCAGUUAUCAUUGGUGUUGCUGCUGCAGGACAAGAGAUAAGCACUCGACCAUUCCAACUGGUAACUGGACGCACAUGGAAAGGAACAGCUUUUGGCGGAUGGAAGAGUAUCGAUUCUGUACCGAAAUUGGUUGAGGAGUACUUGAGUGGAAAGCUGAUGGUCGAUGAAUUUGUUACGCAUACAAUGCCAUUGGAUAAGAUUAAUGAAGCUUUUGAUUUGAUGCACCAAGGAAAGAGCAUUCGUGCUGUUGUUCAACUUUAAGUUGUUUAUUAA